AUGGUUAUGACAAUUUCUCCAACGUUUCAAUUUUUUUCAAAUUAUUUUAAAACAGCAUGGGAUUAUUUAUCAAAUAAUAAUUAUAGUGAAUUAAAUAAUAAUAAAAAUAAUAAUAAAAAUAAUAAUAAUAAAAAUAAUAAUUUUAAUAAUAAUAGUAAUAAUAACAAUAAUAAUAAUAAUAAUAAAGAAUUAGAUGUAAAUAUGUUUUUUCAAGAUCAACAAUUUGAAGAUAUAACUUCAAUAUUGGAUAGUCCAAAUGGUAUAAAUUUAUUUUUUGAAGAAUUUAAAAAAGAACAAGAAUUAUUAGAAUUUAAUAAUAAUAAUAAUAAUAAUAAUAAUAAUAAUAAUAAUAAUAAUAAUAAUAAUAAUAAUAAUAUAAUAAUUGAAGAAGAUAAUAUUAAAAAUAAUUUUAUAGAUGAUAAUAAAUUAAUAACAUUAAUAAAUAAUAAUCAAGAGAUAAUUCAAGCCAAUCAUUAUGUAUAUAGAGCAUUAUCAUGGUUAUUAAAACAUGAUUCAUACUAUGUUAUGAAUAAUGAUAAUUAUGAAAUCCAUCAAUUAAUUUUCCAUUCAAUAUCGUGUGUUAAAAAUAUAUUGGAACUUCAUGAAAUUCCAUCCACUUUCUUACCAAUUGUAAUUAUGUAUGCCGAUAAUUUUGUUAAACGUUGUGGAAUCAAUAAUAAACAAUUGUUAAAUUUAUUAAUUUCAAGUUCAAUAGUUUGUGUAAAAUUCUAUGGUGAAAGUGUAGCUGUCGAUCAUAAAGUUUUAGGUGGCUAUUUCAAUCUUACCAAUAAAGAUCUUUGUUAUAUGGAAAGAUUGUUUUUAAAUGGUAUCAAUUUUCAACUUUAUUCAAAUAAUAGCCAAGUUUUAGAAUUUUUAGAUUCAAUCGAAAAAGAAAAACAAUCUUUUGUUAUAUAA